CAGGUGUGUGAGAUUGCCCGCGUUUCGGGCAUGUGUCUAUCUGGGUGAGGGCAUCUGUGUUUACAGACACAGAGGCUAUGUUUCAAGAUGCCUGUGGACACGUGUGUGUGGUGUGCACCUCUGCCUCUGGCUGCCCUGUCUCUGGGACAGCGACCGUCUGGCGCAGCCUGAGCCCCUUCUGGGGGGAGGAGUACACGGUGCACCUACCGCUGGACUUCCACCACCUGGCCUUCUACGUGCUGGACGAGGACACCGUCGGGCACGAUGAUGUCAUCGGCAAGAUCUCCCUGAGCAAGGAGGCCAUCAUGGCGGACCCCCGAGGGAUCGACAGCUGGAUCAACCUGAGCCGUGUGAACCCGGACGCCGAGGUGCAGGGUGAGGUCCGCCUGGCGGUGCGGCUGCUGCAGGAUGUGCAUGGCCGCUGUCUUCGCUGCCACCUGCUGCAGGCCAGGGACCUGGCCCCCCGAGACAUGUCCGGCACGUCAGAUCCAUUUGCCCGCAUAUUCUGGGGCAGCCAGAGCUUGGAGAGCUCGAUCAUCAAGAAGACGCGCUUCCCUCACUGGGACGAGGUGCUGGAGCUCCGGGAGGUGCCGGGUUCCCCCACCCCACUGCGGGUGGAACUAUGGGACUGGGACAUGGUGGGCAAGAAUGACUUCUUGGGCAUGGUGGAGUUCCCCGCCCAGAUCCUGCAACACAAGCCGCCCGACGGCUGGUUCCGCCUGCAGCCAUUCCCCAGUGCCGAGGAGGAUUGUGGAGGCAGCCUGGGAGCCCUGCGGCUGAAGGUGCGCCUGGCCGAGGACCGCGUCCUGCCCUCGCAGUACUACCGGCCCCUCAUGGCGCUGCUGCUGGAGUCCGUGCGCGGCUCGCCCGAGGAGGACACUGCCAGCCCCUUGGCUGUGCUGGAGGAGCUGACCUCAGGCGACUGUCGCCAGGACCUUGCCACCAAGCUGGUGAAGCUGUUUCUCGGCCAGGGUCUGGCCGGGCCUUUUCUGGACUAUCUCACCCGGCGCGAGGUGGCUCGGACCACUGACCCCAACACCCUCUUCCGUUCCAACUCUCUGGCGUCCAAGGCCGUGGAGCAGUUCAUGAAGCUCGUGGGCAUGCGCUACUUGCACGAGGUGCUGAAGCCUGUCCUCAACCGCGUGUUUGAAGAGAAGAAGUACAUGGAGCUGGACCCUGGCAAGAUGGACCUGGGCCGGGCCAGGAGGAUCUCCUUCAAGGGUAUGCCGUCGGAAGAGCAGGUACGGGAGACCAGCCUGGGGCUGCUGACCGGCUACCUGGGGCUCAUCGUGGAUGCCGUGGUCAGCUCUGCGGGGCGCUGCCCACCCACCAUGCGUCUGGCCUUCCGGAGGCUGCGGCAGUGUGUGGAGGAGCACUUCCCUGCCACCGAGCAUGAGGAUGUGAAGUACCUGGCCGUCAGCGGGUUUCUCUUCCUGCGUUUCUUUGCACCGGCCAUCCUCACACCGAAACUGUUUGACCUCCGGGACCAGCACGCCGACCCCCAGACCAGCCGCUCCCUGCUGCUGCUGGCCAAGGCUGUGCAGAGCAUUGGCAACUUGGGCCAGCAGCUUGGCCAGGGCAAGGAACUGUGGAUGGCGCCCCUGCACCCCUUCCUACUGCAAAGUGUUGCCCGCGUGAGGGACUUCCUGGACCAGCUGGUGGAUGUGCAGGAGGAUGAGGAGGCUGGUGGCCCUGCCAGGGCCCUGGUGCCGCCCUCGGUGACCGUCCGAGAAGGCUUCCUGCUGAAGCGCAAGGAGGAGUCCGGCGGCCUGGCCGCGCGCUUUGCCUUCAAGAAGCGCUACUUCCGGCUCAGCGGGGAGACGCUGUCCUACGCCAAGGGUCCCGAGGGGCAGGUUCCCACCUCCAUCCCAGUGUCGCACAUCUGCGCUGUGGAGCGCGUGGACGAGGGCGCCUUCCAGCUGCCACACGUGAUGCAGGUGGUGACGCAGGACAGCGCGGGGAUGCUGCACACCACCUACCUCCAGUGCAAGAAUGUGAAUGAUCUCAACCAGUGGCUGUCGGCCCUGCGUAAAGCCAGCGCCCCCAACCAGGACAAGUUGGCUGCCUGCCACCCCGGGGCCUUCCGCGGGGGGCGCUGGACCUGCUGCCUCCAGGCCGAGCGCUCAGCUGCCGGCUGCAGCCGCACUCAUGCGGCUGUGACCCUGGGGGACUGGAGCGACCCCCUGGACCCCGAUGCUGAGGCCCAGAUGGUCUACAGGCAACUGCUUCUGGGGCGGGACCAGCUCAGGCUGACGGUCCUGGAGGAGCCCAACCCUGACGCAGCCUCGGAGGCAGACACAGGGCAGGGGCCCUGCUCAGAGGCUCUGGCCCGGCAGAGAGCAGCAGCUGCCCACCUGCUGGAGGUGCUGGAGGAUCUGGAUCAUGCCCACGAGAAGUUCCAGUGGCAGGGCCAGGGCAAGGUGGCCCUGGGCUGCCGGGGGCCCUGAGGAAGCCACAGAUCCUGCUGUGGAGGAGGAGCUGAGAGCCAUGGGGCCGCCUUGAUGAACCCUGGCACAGGACUGUCUUGAGGCUGUCCUGAACCUCUCUGAUGCUGUGGCUUGGAAGCUCCCAGAGACAUGCCCAUCCUGCUGGGGCACGGAAGCCCCAUGGCCCAGGCCAGCCUUGCACUGAAUACCACUGUGUGACUGAGCCUGGAGUCCACUCCACUGGACUGGCCUCUGCUCAGCUCUACAAAGCCAGCCUGGCCCAGAGCAGCUGGAUACAGCUAUACCUGAAAUCCCAAUGCCCAUGUGGCCUUGUUGCCCAGAUGGGUACUAAAUGAUCUCAGCCCUUCCUGUU